ACAGCGAAGCACCCGAUCCCACCCCCUCAAAGCAAAUGACGCCCCCCAUUCUUAAACCCCCAGCGGGAUCCGCUCCUCCGCCGGUACUCUCACCUCCAAACCCCAAUGACGCCGUCGCCGCCGUCGCUGCACGUGCAGGAAGUCCUCGACUUCCUCACCUCCCACGGCUUCGCACGUGCCGCCUCCGCCCUUCGAGAUGACGUCAUCGCCAUGGGGGUCGACGGAUCGGGUCCUCCUCCGCCUCCUCCGGUGAGGAUACGGCCCCGGAGCUCCGCCGAUGCAUCGAGCUCGUCGGAGGAGGAUUUCGUUAGCAUGGGGUCUUCGCCUUCUGAACUAUUCAAUCCUUAUAUAGUUUGGUCUCCGGCUAGACCGAAAUCUGAGGACUCUUCAGCUAGAUUAUCAGAUUUUGAAACUGCUCGGGAGUACAACAACCCCAAUAUAUUUGGAGACUCCUGCUGGUAUGAUGACCAGUAUGGAGGUUACCUCAACAAUCCAUUCUUUGAACCAGCAACAAACUCCAGUAGCUUUCACAGUGAGGACAAGUUUGUUAUGUCUAUUGAGGCUGAGGAAAAUUUCAGGCAAGAGAGCACAAAUCCUGCUGUUACUGAUAAACCUGAAAUUUAUAGAUCUGUGAUUGCUGCAAUGGAAAGGUUGUGGAGAGGAAUAAAAUAUUGA